CAGUAUGGUCCGGACCGUUCAACGGGAAAGCAUCCCCGGAACGGAAGAAACUUGAAGCUUUUUUAUUAAGAGCAACACAAUAUAGAAAUAUAGAAACGGGCACCGUUUUUUCUCCGUGGACGACGCCGUCUGUGUUCUGUUCCCGUGCUGCAGAAAAAACAGAAGAGACAGAAUUCUUGAUCGUUUAUUUCGCUUCUCCGGUGCGGCGGCGAGCGCGUGCAGUGUGCAAGCGGGUUUGUAGCACCAAGAAAUCCGGUUGCUAUAAAGGAAAACCCUGACAUACACACACAUAAGAACGGGAGGGUGAGACGACCCUUUUGUACAAUCGUGCUGGGUAGAAUAUCGAUGGCAUCAACUCGACUCGGCUGGUUUCUGCCUUCAUCGCUCGCUGGGCCCGGUGGCUCCGUGGGCUCGCGUACGCUGUCAGUCGUGUGCCGAGAACUCGUGCAGUGCGGUGUGCUCGUGUAGAGGGAACCUACCUAUCGCUCAGACUCAGCCGAUUGCACACCAACCGCCCGUCUGUCCUGCCAGGUUUGCCAGGUGUGCCGGGACAGGAAACCAUUCUCUAGACCGCGCGUAGAGAGUGCAACCUGGCGAAAGAUAUGUGUGUAUAUGUGUGUGUGUGUGUGUGCGUCUCGUAAAGUAUGCUGACUAGUAGCUGACGCUGCUGCAACACUAGCCCUAUACCGAGUGCCUUUGCGUGUGCGUUGGUGGCGUGUUAUCAUCCUCCACAGAAGUUCCUAAGCGUAGCAGGGUGAGCAGCAAGUUCCCGAUCGAUGUCGAAUUUCCGAUAGCAUUCCUGCCUCAAGCACUCCCCCAGGCCCUAUACUACCCGCUUUUUUCCGGGAUUAUUGUGUAUGAUUACUCGGUGUGUGUGUGCGGCUGGCUGCGGAGGUCAUCCAGUGUGAGUUGCUGAUGAUCGAAAGCGAAAGUGUCAAAUCCGCCGCCGAGAGAUGUACGCAGGAGAAUCGUCGGGUUCUAGGUUUGUACGAGCAUGAGCGAUAGAGAGUGGGAGAGAGAGAGCGUUGUAGAAGUUCGUAAUGCGUGUGUGAGAAAAAGAGCACGAACACGAGCGAUAGAUACUGACAUCGGGACACAUUACCGUUGGUGAGCAAAAGGAACCGUGCUUUCCAUCCCUCAAACCAGGUCUCGAGGAAGAUGUCGUUUGGAAGUCUUUGAAGAAACCAUCACCAGGCCUGGCAGCGGUCGAUUCGAAUGCCUGAGAACGAUGGGGGCACGAUAUUUUACUCUGAGUGGAUAUCCGGAAAAUUGAAGCGUGAAUUCUAAGUCUAUUACACCCGUGCUAUGAAGGGCUUUACUCUGCGGCGUAUCCUGCUCUAAUGUGUGUCAGCUGUGAGUUUGCUGUCUAGUGUGUCCAAUUCUCCUUGCUCCAGGAAGUGUGUGUGAGUAGGUGCGCAAUUCCUGCGUAGGGAUUACUUUGUAAGAAUUGGAAAGGAUCGACCAGCAAUAGUAGCAAACCGUGCUCUCUAGUGUAUAUUUGGUGAUGAUGGACAAAGAAAAAGAGAAUGCUAGAGAAUAGCACGGUACUACUACUACUGCUACACACACACUCCCGAGAAUCACCUUCCCGUGUUGCUCGCGGUACAGGAAAAUCGAAGAGCGUGUUUGGUGACUGGUGAGCGUGCAGUGAGAACAAACUCCUACUAUUCUUUGUUGUUUGCCGAAGGUGACUUUGGAAGUGUCGAGUCUGUGCCUGUGUGUGUUUGUGAGUGUGUGUAUUAUAGCACACAUAUACACAUACCGGUGUUUUACUAAAGCGCUCCCUCCAGCCUUCCGGCCCCGAAACUACUUGCUCCUGAGAGGGGGGCUGAAGCAAAUCUGUGGUUGCAAAAUGCCUGGCCUGUUCCCAUCGCGGAGGAUUGACGGUCACGACUCGGGCACCGAGUCGGACGGUGACCUGGAGCAGGAAGACGACCUGAUACAGGAGCACGAGAUGGAGCUAAGUUUAAGCUCCCGGCAGGACACGGUUUCGCCGACCGAUACGGCCUGCUCGUCCGAAUCGCCCGCCUUUCUCGGGCCGCCCUCCUCCUCCUCCCACCUGCUGGCGUACGAUCAGAACAGCUCGGAGGAGGAGCUGGAGGUGAUCAAUGGAGGUGGCGGGUCCGCGGGCUGCGAUCUCGUCGAGGUGGGCAGCGUGAGCGGUGUGCCGAGCCGGCUGAGCGGGCUGCCCAUCCUAAGCAACCCCCACACGGACGAGGAGACUGAGGAGGAGGAAGAGGAGGAGGAGGAGGAAGAAGAUGAUGUGACCGAAGGUAUCGUGGACGAGGUGGAGGAGGAGGAGGAGGAUUACGUGGCGACACCUGGAGCAGCACCGGCGGGAACAACGGCAGCAGCGACAAUCAGCGAAAGUACGGCGGGCCAGUGCGGUGGCCCCGGCGCCAUGGACACGAGCGGCAGUAUUGUGCGGGGCCGGGAGUUCAUGGUGAUCGGGGCGUGCGGCGCUGACGAGGACGACGGUGAGGCGGAGCCGCUGGACGAUUUUGCCGAGGAGCUGUCGAGUCUGACGGCGAUCCCCCAGACGAUGGCGGCGGCGGCGGCGACGACAGUGGUGCCGCUUGCACCGGCACCGUUAGCGACCAAACUGAUCUCAUCGGCGGCGACCGCCGGCAAGCGGUUGGGAAGUGUGAGCAGCUUUCUGGAGAAGCGCAAACGUUCCCUGGCGCACAAUUCGGAUGAUGAGGUACGCUAUCUGCUGGAACAGCAACAACCACCGAACCAGCAGCAGCAGCAGCAACAACCGACCCAUCAUCAUCAUCAUCCACUCGCGCAUCAAUAUCAUCAUACGUUGCGCCACCAUCACCACCACCACCACCACCUGCAGCACCAACAGCAGCAGGAGGAGCUCCAGCCGGAGGAGGCGGCGCCCCUGUCGGCGCCGGUCAACUUCCGCACAUCGCCACCACUAGAAGCUUUAAAACCACACCGUGGCCAUAUACUGCAGCGCUCGACGACCCCGCUAGUGCUGGGCGAGGGGUGCGGUGCGGCCGGUGUUGCUCCGACCGCACCGAGCGGGCUUCGGCCCUCGUCCGGGUCGUCGCUGUCGUCGCUCGGCGGUGGCACCACCGGCAUUAGCGGUUUCUACGGCACCGGUAGCAACAGUAGCUGCAGCGGUAGCAACACUAGUACGACCGUAGGAAGUUGUGUUGGUGGUGGUGGUGGUGCCGGUGGCCUUCGUUUCGGUCUCGGCCGACGCCCCAUUGGCUGUGAUAGUCCAUUGACUGCGGUGUGCCAUCGCAACAGCACCAAUCCGCCACCACACCACGGCGGUGGCACCGGCAGCCUUGGAUCCGGGCUUAGUACAACAACCACUCGAACGUCAUCAUCAUCAUCAUCGGGGGCGGCGGCGUCCCUGUCGUCGGCACCGGCUUCGCUAGUACGGCUCGGGGCGGGCAGCAGCCCGGAACCGGCCGGCGGCGGCGGCGGCAGUAUCACCACCACCACCCCCCUAGUAACUAGUAUGGACGUGAGCCGGUCCGUUAGUCCACCGGCGAAGAUGUUCCACUGUGCCGUGUCGCCGCGCCGGCGACAGCCCCGCCACCAGCAGCAGCGGCUGCAGCGUCCCCACAGGCCCUGCCUAGACUUUGACAAGAUGCAACAGCUGAAGGCACGCUCCGUCACCACCUGGCGGCACAGCAACGAGCACUCGGGCGAGCUGUCCGUCUUCUGCUGGUGAUGAUGAGUGAAGGACAGUCUCCGCCGGGCGUGGCCGUCAGCCGCCAGCAUUGCCACCGCCAUCAUCCUGAGCGCGGUGGACUGUCUGUGCCGUGGGCUGUCCGUGCCACCAGCAGCAGGAGUUGUCAUGCGGAAAGCGGAACAACACGAGCGCGUGUUUGCAUCGAACCGACCCGACGUGGGGUCGGCGAUGGUUUUAUUACUGGAGAAGGACGGGCGGCGCUGUCCAAUCCUGGCUGUGGCUGUGGUGUGUUUCCUGUAGUUUCCAGCCGCCUUUUGCGACGACGCGACACGAUGACGACGAGUUUGCGGCACGCGCGAAGCGGCAGAGUCAGGUCGCUGCGUGUGGGGCGGGGGCUUUUAUUUGUUAGUGAGCGUGAUAGUACAAGCGUUUCUUUGUUUCAAUUUUGUACUCGGAAAGGAGUAGCAAAAAAGGAUUCGCUCCGUUGAUUUGUCCCCUUGGCUGCGUGCGGCUCAAACAGUUUUAGAUAUUAGUUUCGAAGGAGCAGGCCCCAAACACGGCCGGGCAAACCGUGUUCUUCUUCGACGAAUCGUCUCACACACACACACAGCGUGCGACGUGUGUUUAUGUGUGUGUAUAAGUGCACAUUAAGCGAUAAUGUGUUUGUGUGUGUGUGUGUUUUGUUUGUUUGUUUUUUAAAACUAUCUUUACACUUAAUGACAUUUUCAAAGCAAUUUUGUGAUUUUAAUCGUUAGCAAUAUCGUGUAUUAAGUUUGAUCGUUUGAUAGAUGUACUUUCCAAUUUCCUCUCAGUUUGGACGAAAGGCCAAUGCGGCGCUAUGAACCCUUGUUUUCCGUUCUUCCUUUUCUGCAACAGUUGUGCGGGAAGCAUGGUAAGGAACUAGCGUUACUACUGUGUGUGCGUGUUUGUUUUGUUUUUUUUUUUGGAAAAGUCAAUCUGGAAACAAACUGGAUUCAAUCAAACCAGUGUACCAGUAAGGAGAUUAGGACGAUAGACACAGCGAGAGAAAGAGAGAGAGAGAGAGCGAGCUAGUUCUUCUCAGGGACAUACACAUACGAAACACGCACACACACACACGCACGCUAAUAAAUGGCGGAAGGAUAUGCAAUUGGGUAGGACAGAGGAGCGAACGUUUGGGAAGUGUUAGAAUUGGCAGCUGGCGCUAGGUGAAUAGAACCGAACGCUACCAAAGAACGGGCGCCGCGCAAGCAAUCCUGGCGCGGGAGGAUGGGCGAGUGAAAGAGCACCUGCUUGAAGCAAGCAAAACAAACAUAGUGCAACAUAGGACAAUAGGGCAAAACAAACAAACAAAAAUCAUCAUCCGGAGGCACAUGCAACAAGCGCGCUGUAGUAGCGCUGGAUAAUGCGCUAAGCGUUGCAGCUCCAUUUUUAACCGUUUUCCUUCCGCUGGUUGGGGGAAAAAGCACAGGCUAGUGUAAACAUCGAUGUGUUUGUAUCGAUCGGACAGGACAGGGGUAGGAGCAGUCAUUCAAUUAACCACAUAAGACAUCCAUUUACAAACACAAUACACACAAAGAAGAAAAAAAACAAUACCUGCCAUGGUCCUUGUCCGCGUGCGCGUAAUAAUAACAAAACCCCAAACAUACAACAAAUCUCAAACGUACUCCAACGUACGCUAGUAGAACAUCAAUCAAUAGAAAAAUAUAGAGAAACAUAAAACAGCAGGAAGAAAAGAAAACAGAACAAACCCGUUGCGUUAGCCGUCUCAGGUGGUAAGGCGGGCGGAUCGGCACCUUUAGGCAAAACAAAGCAAAACAAACCACUUACAAAACAAAAAUGUGUUCGCCGAUUCGACCCAGCACAAGCCCCGGACCACACUGGGGACGGCAAAACUAGAGAAAGUAAUAGCAAAAACCAACCUACACUCUCGCCAUCGCGCCACGUUGCCGUAUGUGCCGUGGGAUCGUCACCAUCAACCAUCAACCAUCUGCAUGAUCGUGUACUGCAGCAACCAGCAGCAACACGUUGUUGUAAAUCUGUGUGCAUGUAUAAAGAAGUAUAUUAAAAUGCUACAAACAGACACCCAUUUAUUGAAAACGGCGUUACAAUAAUUCAUCUGGUAAAAAACGGGGGAAAUAAAACAUACCACAAGCCAUAAUACUGCCGCCAAAUGUGCGAAAUCACGAACCCGACUUCACCGGUUAGCUCCGUUCGUUCAUACCCGUUUGUGUGGUCAUCGUGCCGAACAGUGUUCCUUUGUACACAACUGCGAGAAGAAAGGGCAAAAAACAAUUCCACAACACACCGUACACCAGGACGGUUCUUUGCGUGAGCGGAAAAACGGUUCCAACGCGUCCAGUUAACCUACAGUUAUUGUUAUGUUCUAUUUCGAUUGUGGUUCCUGUUUUUUUCUUUCUUGUACACGAGAGAAGGACAUAGACAUUGUGCACAGAAAAGAGGAAGAAAGCUCGUUUAACAUCAACUACUGCCAUCCCACCCCGGCCGCAGGUUCGCUAGAAGCAAAACAGUAAAGAUCAUCGUCGCCCGGCGAGAAAGUGCAUUUUAAGGUACCAAUCUUAGUCGGAAAGGGCAAGCAAGCAUCUCAUUUGAAAAGAGGAUUCCAAUUUGGAAAGAUUUGAAAAAAAAACACGGAAAAAGGGAAACGAAACUGAGCAGACCCAGUUAGAACCAGCGAGAAAACGAAAGCAGAGGGAAGAAGGAUAUCAAACUAGCAUUUUACAAUUAACUAGUACGCAAAACAAUAACAAAACAUACGAACACAAAACCAUUGUAGAAGUACAUUUUUUUUCUACCGAAACGCGCAACAAUUAGCAUGCAAAUACGAAACUUAGAUACAGCAAAGAUAAAUUAAAAAAAAGCGCACCCAACAUUGGCAGUAAGGAAAAAGCAACCAAUCCUCCCAAUUGGAAAAGGAGAACAAACACACACAAAAAAAAAACGAUGAGAAAUGGAGACUUGUUUGGAAUUCGGUGAAACUAGCAGCGAGCGUAGCGAGCUUUACGUUUUGUUGUGUCGUACGCCUACAUAUAUAAAUAGUGACAAAUUAAUUAAGGUAACGUGUUUAAACCAUUAUUCAACCAUUUAAGAAAUGAUGAUGAUGAUGAAUAGUAGCGCGCAACACGUGAUGUGUGGUGGGCAGUGUGCCAAUAAUGGAAUAGGGGGCCUGGAGCAUGAUAUGGUGGCUCUGUCUGUAGUGUGUGAGUGUGGUGUGUCAUUAGUAGCGUUUAAAAUGAUGGCUUAAACAGGGAUAGGAAAGGAACGAAUCGUUUAAAAAGCUUUUGUCAUUUCCCCUCAUUACUUUGUAAUGCUGUUGUUUGAGCUGUUUUUUUUUUUUUGUUUUACUUUAUUAAUGUUUAUUGAAACGAGGAAACUUAUGACCGUAAAGAAGGCUUAUGUUUCCCCCUAUAAGUCACGUGAUUCUGAACGUGUGUGUGUGUUUGAUGGGCCAAUCUUUACAUCGAUGUGGCUGGGUAGUAAUCGAUUUAGCAUGCUGAUUUAAUCCCCGAUUUGGGUGAGGCUGGACAAACACACGCAGUGCGUAGCGAUGGACAGGACAGGUUUUACAAAUUUGUAUCAUACGCUAAACUAAACUAACAAAUUAAGAAAAUAAAUUUAGAUAAAAUCGACCCGGCUCGAUUGUUUGUGCAAACGGGUAGGGCAGUUUUGGAGAAAGAGAGAGAGAGCGAAAAACGCGCCUACCAACCAGGUGUGCUUUAAGAAGCAUUCAUGUGGUGAAGGGAUACAAACAGAAGGGAUACAAAAAACAAACAAACCAUUGACUGUGCAAACACACCUACACAACACAUUUCGUCUCGUCCUUCUCACACUUUUGAGAGGGGCAAACGAUAGAACAAACGACUUUUCUUCUACAGCGCGAAACAAACUCCCCCGCGACACUAACUAGCAUCAUCCAGGCAACAAACCGACAAAGCAAACAGAAAUUGGAGUGUGCAUCAUUACACGAAGGUUAAUUAAACAUUAAGAUUGUAAGUUAAGUAGCAGAACAAAACAAUUAAUUGCAGAAGCCCCAGGGAGAGUGGAGAGUGCCGAUUGUUGUUCUCGGUGGGGGACUGUGUUUGUGAACAUAUUAAUCAAAUCGAAUAAUGGGCAGAACGGUGAUGAAAGACUCUCUACACCACAUGGGCACACAUACAAACACACACACAGACAUAGACAAAACCGAAUAAAAAAAACCAUAAGCAUAAGUAGUAAAGCAAAGAAAAGGGCGUGAAAGUAGAGAAAGUCAUCGUGCAACACGAUCACUCUAAUCACUAGAAGGAAGCAUUAUUUGGUAGUAGCAGCGACGUUUGGAAGGAGCAGUCAUCGAUGGUUGUUUUCCUUCUUUAUUUUUUUUACAAAAUAUUCUCUUAUAUGUUUUAGUAGUGCCCGAUACAAUUGGAGAUUGGUGAGGUUGGUUCUGGGGUUUUCACUUCUUUUUUUUACUACCCCCACUCAAAAAGAAGCCACCCAUUACUGUGAAUGUGAACUGAUUGAAGCGGCGCCGUACAUGGGCGAACAGUGGUAUUGAGAAAGAGGAGGAGUAUUUGAAAUACAAAAAGAAAAAAACACGUGAAAGCUCCAUUUUAACCGUGCGCUUUUCUCUGCACGGCAAAUGUACAUAUUAAUGAUAGCAACAACAACAACAACAAAACAAACAUUUGGCAAAGAUAAGGAUAGGAGGUGACCAUUAGAAAGAGAAAGCGGAGGAACGAAAUGCACAGGAACAGGAGGGAGCACAAGAAAACGCUGCAGGACGUGUGAUGUGUGAACACUUAAAGGAGACGAAAACGAACGAGAAAGGGGAAGCGGAUAAACGUAAUGGACGUGCAUUUUGAAAUGGAUUUUUUGUAGAAUUUUCGAAACUGAAUUAAUAAACCAAUCACCAAAUGAGCGGUGUAAAAUCGGUCAAUCGGUGAGGUAAAUAAUGAAAUAGAACAGCAAACACACAUACAUACACACAAACACACAAACACGAGCAAAGAGAAGUGAAGGUAAAAGGAGCUAAUACUGUGUAACACAAUUAAGUAAACUAUUGGACUGGAUUUAAAAUGGCCACAAAAGCAAGAAUAGCGGAAUAGAAGGAAGGAAGGCGAUUGAGUUACUGGAUGAGGGUUUUUUUAAUUUGUUGUUUACUUUUCCGUUGUCAUUGGCUGUAUUGUACGAAGGAGUUUUGUCCCUUAUUGUAGGAAGUUUGAUGAAGUUUAUUGAACGGUAGUUGAUAAUGUGAAAUUUGUCGUUAAACACUCUACACACACACACGUAAUGCUAAACCUCAAAAAAGGUUAAAUUAAAAGGUUGAAUUAAAUUACAAACAAAUUAUGAAACAAAAAAGAGAAAAAAUCAGCAAAACAGAAAAUCCAACUUUCAUCAAGUGGAUUAAGUGAUAUGAUUUGUUUUGUUACACUACUACAGGCAAACAAGCUGUGAAGCGAAUAGUGUUUUUUUUUUGUUGCCUCAAACUGCAACUGAGUUUGUAACGAAUUUAACGAAGUUUUUGUUCUGCUAAUUUUGUCCCCAUCGGAGAAGAUGUAAAGUUAUCUCAAACUCAAUGGAAGGGAGAGGAAAAAACACAAACGAAUAAAACACACUCAUUUGUAACUAAUAAAGACGGA